AUGGGCCUACAAAUCAUUGAGGGACUAGGAGGCUCCUCCCGUUGCGUGACGCUUCUCACCUUCGUGAUCCACUUCUUGCAUUCGCUUUUCAGCCUUGUGAGCUUCCUGUCGUGGGUGCAGACACCAGAGUCACAGCUCACGCACAGCACACAGAUGGCGUACCUCUCAUUGACGAUUGUAUGCUGCCUCUUCUACUUCCUUGGCGCCUCAGUCUUCUACAUGUGGGCCUGGCGCUUCCCAGAGCCAGAGGAGGUGGCGAAGCGGCGCCGCGUCUACGGUGUCGGCAUUCACCUCUUCUUUUGCGAUUUACCCAUCUUCGUAAUAGAAACGCGCAUUGUGUGGCGGGUGCAGUUCCCUGCGGCCAUAAUGGGCUUCAACUACGUCCUCACAUGCGUCUCCUUGAGCUACUCGACUCUGCGUGUGUGGUUCUUCCUGAUGGUGCGACUCAUCAAGCUCCACCUGUCGACCGCGAGGUCGGUCGGCGCCAACCACACCACUCAAACUGCCUUGGCAGUGCGGCGUGCGAUGGACGAGCCGGACUACACGGGCGAUCUCGGCGCAACGCCGCCAUCUACCGCAGCAGACCACACAAUUUUCCUGAACCGCAACGCCGGCCUCCAUAGUAAUGACAGGGUAAGUGCGACAAGGCUUUACGCCACACCGGACACCGAUCGCGAUCGCAGAGAUGUGUACUACGGCUCCUCUCCGAGUCGCUACUACUCGCCUUCCUCCGAUGACUUAAGCAUCUCACAGAGGCCGAGUCAGCACGGAUAUCGCCGCAGUCCCGGGACCAACGUCUUCAGUCCUCGAUCAGCUGCCCCGCCGUUUCGCAUCUGA